AUGACAGAAAACGAGUACGGGAUUGGAGAAACACAAGAUGUCCAAGAAGGAGAGAAUGAGCCAAGGACAAACCUGUUCUUUGCGAUGCUUUCAGUAGUCAGUGUUACAAUAGGUGCAGGGAUGGUAGCUGUACCUAAUGCUGCUUAUAACUCAGGAAUUCCAUGGACAAUUGCAUACUUUAUAUUCAACUUCAUACUAUGUGUCUAUUCUAUCCAUUGAUACUUAAGGUGAGCACAAGUAACAGGAUUCUACUCCAUACCAAAAAUAGGAUUUGAAGUAUGGGGGAGGUUCUCCUUAUACUUUGUGAACUUCCUUCAAGUGAUUGGCUUUCUGUUCCUUCCUAUUUCAUACUUUAUCAUCUUCGGGAAUCUUCUGAGAUCAUUAUUCAUGGAAAUCAAUUGGGUCAGGGAGAACGCUAGGAAUACUAUCGGUAGCCAAUGGCUGAGCGUGUUGCUCCUUGCCAUAGUCCUGCUCCCUUUGAUAAUCAAGAGGAAGAUUGCUGAGCUGAAAAUUGCAGGAGUUUUUCUCUUUAUCUCAGUAUUACUAUUUAUUACUUUGAUGAUUGCACUUAGAGUGUUUAACUCUGGCAACAUAAAUAACCCAUUUCCAGUCGAGCAGAGGGCUUUCUACAGGUUCAGGUUCGACAAGGCCUUUAUAUCUUCUCUUUCGACUGCAUUCGUAGCAUUCGGAUUCCAGUCAGCAUUCUUUCCAAUCUACAAUGGCUUGGUAAAAAGAACAUAUAGAAGAGGAAUGAAGUUUACUUUCUUGGGUAUUGGUUUCUGAUUCAUAAUCUACAUGAUGGUGAUGUUCGUUUCUCUCUACACAUUUGGCAUCAACGUCCACGGAGAUGUUCUUGAGAAUGUUGAAGAGAUAGAGGCAUGGGAGUCCUAUGUGCUCAGAGGAGUCUUCAUGAUCCUGAUGGCCACUCAUUUGCCAUUCAUCUUCUUUGUCGGUAAAGAUUCUCUAUUGGCAAUAAUUGCCCUCUUAGUUGUCAAAGGAGAUAUUGAAAAGGAAAUCAUCAAGAACAUCGCAAAUGACGAAGACUAUGAGCAAAAACAAAAGAAAAAGGAUAAGAAAAAGAAGAAGAAGAAUAAGAAGAAAGACAAAAAGGGUCACAAAGAAGCACUCAUUGAUGAUAACUCCUCUGAAGGCAGGGUUUCUUAUCAAAUCAAUAGAGAGUCAACCUUAUCAUCAGUCUCUAGCGAUCAUGUAACUCUAGAGCAGCCCAAAAUAACAAACUAUACAGGAAUAGUUCCUACGUACGAGGAGAAUAAUCAGGAAGAGAAGAGCGAAUCUAUUAUUUCAUAUGAAGAUGCCGAGCAAAAUGUCUCAGUUGGAGUUGAUCAACUCCCAAAAUGGGUUUACUACACAGUCACUCUCCUCUCCUACGGAGCAGUUGUUGCUGCUUCUAGUUUUAUAACAGAUGCAGAAAUUGUUCUGAAAUUUAUCGGAUCUGUUGCAAAUGCAUUACUAAACUUUACCCUCCCAGGAUUGUUCUACUUUGUCAUAAUGAGAAGGUACAAUGUUGUAAAGAAACGCUGGAAAAUAUACUUGGCUCUAGCAUUGGCUAUCUAUGGUGCCCUCAUGGGCAUUAUCCUCACAGGUGUAAAUAUCUGGACAAGUAUCUCUCCUGUUGUAAGACAUCCAGACGAUGUAUAA